AUGUGCCCUGCGUUUCCAUGGACAUCUAAGAACGGGUACUUCAAACAGUACGUCAAAGGGUACAUCGAAGGGUACUUCAAAGGGUACUUCGAACGGUACUUUGGAGGCUACUUUGAACGGUUCUUCAAAGGGUACUUCGAACUGUACUCCGAAGUACACUUCAAAGUGUACGUCGAAGGGUACUUUGAACUGUACUUCGAAUGGUACUUCAAAGGGUACUUCAGUGGGCACUUUGAAGGGUACUUCGAACGGUACAUCGAAGGGUACUUCGACGUGUAUGUCGAAGGGUACUUCAAAGGGUACGUCGAAGGGUACUUCAAAGGGUACAUUGAACGGUACUUCAAAGGGUACCUCGAACGGUACAUCGAAGGGUCCAAAUUGGGAAGCACCUCCCCCAGGUAA